CCCACAUUGUUAUGUUAUAUGCAUUACUGUGAUGGGAUACAAGCUGUACUUAGGCUGCUGUGGACUCCAUGUAAUGUACAUUAUAUUUGCUGACCAUUGAACUCAUUGGCAAUGGGCAUUACUGAACUCAGCAGCAUCGUCAGGCAUUAGGAAGAGGAAAAUCAACCCACUUCCUCCUUUUCACAAGAUCUCAAGGGCUGAUUCCUCAUUCAACGUUUUGGCAGGAUCACACAAGCUUUGAAACCACAAAGCUCAGAACUGGGAAGUUCAGCAGAGUUUUGCUUUGAAUCCAGGCAGGCAAGGAAUCAACGUGUGGGCUGCACAGAUCAGAGAAGUGCCCACAAUCACUCUGCAUGAGAGAUUCAGAAAGCAGCAGUAUGCGAGUGGUGGUCUCCCCAAUUGGAUCAGGAUUCCCUGAAACUAUGAAAGCAAUCACGAUCAUCUGUUUCUUCAUGGCUCUGUUGUUUCAACGGUCAACCCAGGAGACGCAAACAAACCAGGAGAGUCCAGAAUAUAUGGCAGAUCAAAUGGCAGAAACAGUGGGACCAACUCGGGACCGAAUAAUGGCAGCGCAAUUUGAGUGCUACUUAAAGAUCAUCAAUGAUGCACCAUAUCAGAAGGAAGGUUCGUACUGUAACCGUACCUGGGAUGGAUGGCUGUGCUGGGAUGACGCUUCAGCCAAAUCGAUGUCUGCACAACAUUGCCCUGAUUACUAUCAGGUCUUUGAUCCUGCAGAAAAGGCAACCAAGAUCUGUACUGAAAGUGGAAAGUGGUAUCGACACCCUUCGAGCAAUCGAAUAUGGACCAACUACACGCAGUGUACAGCCCAAACCAUGGGCAAGGUCAAGACAGUAUGGAACCUCUAUUAUUCAGCUAUUACAGGUCAUGUGAUUUCUAUCGUGUGCUUACUGCUUGCCUUGUCUAUAUUCUACUACUUCAAGAGUCUCAGCUGCCAGAGGAUCACACUGCACAAAAACCUCUUCGUAUCGUACAUCCUCAACUCCAUCGUCAGCAUCAUUUGGCUGAAGGUUGUGGCCAAUAACCAGGAUUUGGUAUCUAGGAACCCUGUUGACUGCAAGGUGUUAAACUUCAUUCACUUGUACUUGACGAGCUGCACUUACUUCUGGAUGCUUUGUGAGGGAAUCUACCUCCAUACUCUCAUCAUCGUGGCUGUGUUUGUGGAGCAGCAACAAUUAUUCUGGUACUACAUACUUGGAUGGGGGUUCCCACUGAUUCCAGCCAUUAUACACGCAGCUGCCAGAAGCAAAUAUUUCAACGACAAUUGCUGGAUCAGUUCAGGCACUCAUCUUCUGUACAUCAUUCAUGGUCCAAUAUGUGCUGCCUUAUUGGUCAACCUGUUUUUUCUACUCAACAUUGUUCGAGUUCUUAUCACAAAGCUGAGGGUUACCCACCAGGCGCAGUCAAAAGCUUACAUGAAGGUUGUGCGAGCCACAUUGAUUCUGGUGCCAUUGCUUGGCAUUCAGUAUGUUCUGGUUCCAUCAAAACCCAAAGGGCACAUUACUGGAGAGAUUUAUGAGCAUGUGAUGCACAUCUGUAUACAUUAUCAGGGUAUACUGGUGACAACGAUAUUCUGCUUUUAUAAUGGAGAGGUGCAAAGUGCGUUUAAAAGGCAGUGGUCACAGUACAAGGUCCAGUGCAGCCACCAAUUAACAAGCACAGAUGUCUUCCACUCUAAUGCAACAUCUGUGGUAGAGAUCACAAGAUACAUGCUCACACAGCCCACGGAUAGCAACCACAUCAACAGCAAAAGCUGCCCUGAGACCGUUGCAGUGAAAGUACCAGGCAUCCACAUGUGAGGGACAAUCAAGACCUCCACCACACCUUUCAGGCUUUCUUCAAUAUCUUCGCAAUAUAGAGCAAAAAAAAGAAGGCUUUCCUUUACAUACAGCAUGAUCCUACGUCUUAGGAAUCUUUCAGUGCUCUAAUUUACAAGGAAUUUGUUGGAGGUCCAAUUCUUGUUAUGUAUCACAUAUAAAUAUUUUUUGAUGUUUCUGUAACCCAGUGACUCACUGUGACUCGUUAUGCUACUUGCGAGAUUUUCUGAACAGUUCAAUAGACCAGUCACAAAAAAUGGUCCAGGAAGAAAGGCCUUAAGAUUUCCAUUCUGAAAAUUCAGAAGUCAUAGAACUAUUUUGACAUGACUUUUAACAUAGAGUGAGGCACUGCUGGAUAUUCUAUGACACAUGGGUGAACUUGUGACAAAGAUCAGUUUUGGAGUAGCAUCAUGGCUCAGGUGGUCAGCACUGCUGUUUCACAACACCAGGGACACAGAUUUGAUCCCAGCCUUGGGUGACUAUCGGUGUGGAGUUAGAACAUUCUGCCCAUGUCUGCGUAGGUUUCUGCCGGAUGUUCUGGUUUCCUCCCACAUGUUAGUUGGAUUGGCCAUGCUAAAUUACCCUGUAGAGAGCAGGCUAGGUAGAUUAGACAUAGGGAAUUCAGGGUUACAGGGUUAGGGUAGGGGGGUGGAUCUGGGUAGGAUGCUCAGUGGAAGGUUGAUAUGGACUUGAUGGGCUGAAUGGCCUGUUUCCACAUUGUGGUGAUUCUAUGAUUUCCUGGUUUUCUUGUAAAAUUAGUACUAGAGCUAGUUACGUACAAUACAGAAGGAUUAUGUAUUUCAGUCGACACUUGUACAGUUUCAGGACAUCUCAAUAUACUUCAUAAUGUACUUCAGAGCUACAAUCGCUGUUCUUUGGUUGAAAAAUGUGUUCACAUCUUGCUGUGAAUCAUUACCACCUAAUGAUCUCCUGGCUCUAGUAAACCCUAAUACAUCAUUUAAUACACUAUUCCCAGGAAUACAUGGGCCACGUACCAAUUGAAUUGAGGCCUUACACAGGCUUUUCUCUACCUUCUAGAUUCUAAGGAUUUCUGCUCAUUGCCUUCUGUUAAGACAGGAAUAUCGUACCUAAUGUCGUUUGCCCCUUCUCUCAGGAAGUGACCUCUGUUGAAUUAUACACAUGGCUCAACAGUAACUUGCCUUAGGUGGUGAAAUAUCUCCACAAAGGCCUGUAUCCCCAUCACAAAGUCAUCCUUUAUUUACACAUGCAUUGUACAUGACACUGACCCAGUUCCUAGAGUGAGUAGAACUCCUGACACUCCUGUUUAUAUGUCAGCCAGGGCUCCCUGAUUGGACCAGGUUAAUAUCCCAAUCAGGGAAUCAAUAUUAUAGUGAGAUCCACUUGGUGAACCUUAUUACAAUCAUUGCAGACACCACUUCCAAACUCUCAACUACUAAAAGAACAAGUGCUUAGAACCACCACCACCUGUAAGUCCCAUGCCUUCUGACUUGGAGAUGUAUUGCAGUUUCUUCAAGUGUCACUGGGUCAAAAUCCUGGAAUUUCCUCCCUCAUGGCAUUGUGGGUCUAUCUACAGCACAUGGACUAAAGGCAGAUCACCACCACCUUCUCAAAGGUAAAGAGAGAUGGGCAAUAAAUACUGAUCCAGCCAAUGAAGCCGCAUCCCUGGGAAGCACAAUCAGACAUGAAUGGCUCACUUGAGUCUCCACCUUGGAAAACUCUUCAUUAUAUUCCAGAGAUUAUUUUGUCCCAAAUUUCAGAGGCAAGAAAUCAGACAAUAUGAAGUCUAAAUCUGUAAAUAGGGAACUGAGCAAUAAGUACUAUUCAGUCUCCACUUCCUGGUUUCUGAUUCUGGCCGUUUU